AUCGUCAGUUGAAAGGGGCAAAAAUGAAAAAAGCUGGAGUCUUUGGGUAUCAUCGACUGAAGAAGGAACGAAGCAAAACAGCCAAGACGUAGAAAAACCAAAAAAUUUUGAGAGUUGGACUGGGUGAGUGAGAGAUAAAUCUGUAUACGGAAACGUGAAGGAAGAAAGAUGUCUUCUUCUUCUUGUAAAACAUCGGAAUUUGAAGCGGCAGGCUUUGAUUCGGUGGGGCAAGACGACAUCGGCGGCGGCGGCGUGCAAGUGACGAGCUUCACAGAGCUCGUGGAUGACGUGACCCUCCACUUUCAGAUCAUUCGCCUCCCUAAACAGAUAUACGCAUGGAUUGGCUGUAACUCUGCAAAACUCGGAAACUUGUAUGCCGCUGCUCACACACGACCUAGCAAUACGGUGAGCGUGACUUCCAUACUUGGGGGUGCUUCAGAUAACACUGGCUCUGGAAUUGCUCGACGAUUGGUGCUUAAGACUGGUCUUAAUGUAAUUGUGGCUUGCAAUAUCCCAAAGAAUAGCCCCAUGCUUGAGGCAAAUGCUGAAAAGAAGUUGGUAGAGAAGCUAAUUGCCCUGGGCCACUCAAGGUCAAAAUCUCCAGCCGCGGGGCCAGUGUUGUCUUCUUCAUAGCUAAAAACUGUGAUUCAUAUGUGCAUUGUAGCAGCAAACCAGUAGAUUGUACUAGUCUGCAAUGUAGAAUCAGUUAUGGGAUCCUUUUUGACUCAUUUUAUUGAUCCAGAAAUUUAACCAAGAAAACAUACUGAGCCUGGCUGCGAGUCCCGGACAGUGAGGAUGUAAGCUUUUCUGUUAUGUUAUGUGCUUUGUUUCUUCAUGUCAGAAACAGAAAAGUUGCAAUUGCGUAGUUGUUUUCGAUUGUCUCCCUGAAUUUUAUGGGUUUGAGUGCUACUUUUCUGCUUAUGUUUGUAUGGGUGGUUGAUUCUAUGUUUACUACUGAGCUUAAUGAUGGUUUAACCCUGUUUUGAUCCGAAUUUGGAUGUCAAGUUUUUUAUUGUUAGAACUGAAUUUGAGCAAUGAACAUCAUGCUAUGCUCAACGUUCAAAUUAUAGUAUGUAUGUCAUUUACCCCCAUGGAUGCAAAAGUUUCCUGCAAAAUGGAAACUUAGACUUAAAUGGUUGAACACCAGUUCUCAACGUUAAUUGAGCCACAGUUCUCAACGUUAAUUGAUUCUGUCACUUCUUUGUACUGAAAGGAUAGCCAUGUUAAUAACUCCAGUUACCCAAGUGGGCGCACGUUGGAGAGCUCAUGGAGCUCAAGAAUCUCAAUUAUUCUUUUCCUACUUUGUGGUAGCCUUAAAGUUUAGACCAUGGACAAGGCUCUGGGAGAUUCUACUUUAGACGGGUGCGAUGAUCUAUUCUAGUACUUCAACAGUUCAUAUAGCCACUAGCCAUGGAAGACCCUCCUAGGGAUGUAUCAGUACUCAACAAUAUCAGCACUUUUAGACCAUGGCAACAGUCCAACGGUUACGACCCCCACCCUAGUCUGGUGGGUGAUUGGUAGAGGCCAACAGGGCUGACCCUUGUUUGUAAUGACCCUCCUAGAAAAAUAAAUAAAAGUAAUAAAAUGAGAUCCACUGUUACAAUUGUAAAAAUGUGAUCAUUAGCCAUGGAAGAAUUUUCAACAAGCGUUCUGUUUUAUUUUCGUUGCAAAACCUCAAUUUAACAUCUAGAUAU